AUGGACAGGGCUUCCUUAGAGCUACCAGUGCCCUCCAGCCCUGCAGAACAGUGCCUGCAGAUCCUCAAGGGCCUGCGGGACCUCCGCAGGCAGGGCCUGGAGGAGCCCUUCUGCUCCCAGUGGGGCCGGGUGCUCUCCUCCUACGCGCUGAAGACCGCGCUCUUCUCUCUGCUGCUGCAGGGGCCCUUGGAGGCCUGGGAUGAGCGGUUCCUGGUGGAGCGGCUGGAGGACCUGGUGCUGUACCUGCGGGACUGCCUGCGCAAGCAGGUGCUGAUGGAUUUCUUCCUGGGCAACACCAGCAUCCCCGAGGCCGUGGCACUGCCCCGGUUCCUCAAGGAAGCGGCCCCCGUGAACUUGCUGUCUGCCUUCGACGGGCCCACGCUGGACCUCGUGGCCUUCCAGCUGAUCAGCACCUGGAUCCAGGCCCCGCACAUCAUCAGGAUGUACAGCAGCCCCCGGUACUUGCGCCCAGCGCCCGCCCCGUGCCGACACAUGGCCGAGGCCGGGCAGGAGCCCCCGGCAGAGAGGAGGCUGCUGAAGUGGCAAAGUGAUGAAAAGCAGGAAGUGCACACCUUGGGAGUUGUGCAGAGGGAUGUGGAGAAGAGCCAGAAGAGCGAGUGGAGCAUGGCUAGCACUGUCUGGGGGGGUUCUGACAUCCGAAAUGGAGCACAUUGGGGCUCACAAAACAACCGCAUCUCUCCUGAAACUCAGGUCUGUCUUCUCAUCCAGCGAACUCUUCGAGGGGAAGCGCACUGUGAAAUCGCUGUAUCAGCCACGGCCGCCGCUCGCACCUGCCGAGCGUCCCUCGCCUCCGGCGGCACCUCCCGCGCCGCGUCCCGGGGGCCAGAGGGGUUGGCAUCCCUGAAUUUCCGCGCCGGGACCUCUGGAGAAAGUUGUUUGAGCAUUGCUGACUUGUUUUUGUCUUUUUCAUUUUGUUCCCCUUUGCUUCAUCCUGGAUGUCUAAAAGGACAGUUGGAACCAAUAAAUGAGGGUCUGCUUGCUCGAAUCUCAGAUCUCUUGCUGUGCCGGUGGACUUGCAGAAAUUGUUGUCAGAAGUGUUUUGACUGUAGCUGUUGUCAAACAAAUGAAGAUGAAGUUGAAAUCCUGGGACCUUUUCCUGCUCAGACUCCAGCCUGGCUGAUAAGCAGCCAAAAUGAGGACAAAGAUGGAGACUCUGAUAAUACAAUCAGCGAGCUGCCUCCCACUCUUCAGGAUGUUUCCCCUGACAGAAGGCGGUCGUCGUCAGAUACAUCACGGUCCACUUACAGCCUCACGCGGCGGAUUUCAAGUCUGGAGUCGAGGAGGCCGAGUUCUCCGCUAAUUGACAUCAAACCCAUCGAGUUUGGAAUAAUAGGAGCUAAGAAAGAAAUAGUUCAGCCAACUAUCCUGCGAAAAACCUACACCCCAGAUGACUAUUUUAGAAAAUUUGAACCAAGGCUGUACUCUCUUGACUCAAAUAGCGAUGACAUGGACUCCUUGACAGACGAGGAGAUCUUGUCCAAGUACCAGCUGGGCAUGCUGCAUUUUAGCACACAGUACGAUCUGUUGCAUAAUUAUCUAAUAGUGCGAGUCAUUGAGGCUAAAGAUCUGCCUCCUCCAAUUUCUUACGAUGGUGCGAGGCAAGACAUGGCUCACUCCAACCCCUACGUGAAGAUCUGCCUUCUUCCUGAUCAGAAGAACUCCAAGCAGACCGGAGUGAAACGCAAAACGCAGAACCCAGUGUUUGAGGAGAGGUACACAUUUGAAAUCCCCUUUUUAGAAGCCCAGAGAAGAACUCUGCUUUUAACUGUAGUGGAUUUUGACAAAUUCUCACGCCAUUGUGUUAUUGGCAAGGUGUCAAUGCCCUUGAGUGAUGUAGACCUUGUGAAAGGUGGACACUGGUGGAAAGCCCUUGUGCCUAGUUCUCAGAAUGAAGUGGAGCUGGGAGAGCUGCUGUUGUCACUAAACUACCUACCAAGUGCAGGGAGACUGAACGUGGACAUCAUUAGAGCAAAACAGCUUCUUCAGACAGACAUGAGCCAAGGUUCAGAUCCCUUUGUGAAAAUUCAGCUUGUUCACGGAUUAAAAUUAACAAAAACCAAGAAGACCUCCUGCAUGCGGGGCACGAUAGAUCCCUUCUACAACGAGUCCUUCAGCUUCAAGGUUCCACAGGAGGAGCUGGAGAAUGCCAGCCUGGUGUUCACAGUGUAUGGGCACAACGUGAAGAGCAGCAAUGACUUCAUUGGCAGGAUUGUGAUCGGCCAGUACUCGACGGGCGCCCCCGAGUCCAACCACUGGCGCCGGAUGCUGAACGCGCACCGCACGGCCGUGGAGCAGUGGCACAGCCUUCGCUCCCGCGAGGAGUGCGACCGCGUGUCGCCCGCGUCCCUCGAGGUGACAUGAGCCGGCCACCGACGGCAGCCGGACCGAGCGGGUGGACGAGAUAAACAAUGAACCGAGCACCGAGACACCCCACCUCACACCCUACCCCACAGCAGCUCCGUUGGAUUAAAGCGGCCGCCGGCACCCGGCCGGCCGCGCUGGCCUCAGUGAUCCGUGUCCCACGGGUCCAGCUGUUCCCCUGGGGCCUGACCUCUGGCCUCUGCCCCCAGCUGUUCGCAUCCCGCGGGAGGAGCGCGGGGCCGGCUGGGCAUGGACGGGCCAUGGGAAGCACGGAGUGGGUGGAGGAGCUGGGAGUUGCCUCUGUUGUCCUUCCAGUCCAAAUCCAUGGCUCAUCCUCUUGGAGAUAUAAGUACCCGUGUGCUCUCAUUGGUGAACGUGGUAAUUAGACUAGAAUAUUUUUUUAAACGGUAGAAGCUGUGGUGAAAUCGAUUCUGACUGCAGUUUUGUCCUUGUACUAGUUUUUACAGAGUUAAGCUGCUGUUAGUGUGUGCGUUUGUGUGCGGGCACGCGCGUGGCCCGCGUCGGACGGAUCCCGUGUCCCGUCAGCGGUGACCUGCCAGUCUCGAUAGCAGUCUGUGUGCGUAGUAGAUUCCGUGCUGAUAUAGAAAAAUAAACAUUUCCAAUAGCAUUUGUACUGGGAAAACCAGCUCACGUCCUUUCAAAUGUGCUGUGCAAAAAAAAAAAGCCUGCUCCAGGGACUCUGGCGGUGAAGAAGACCCAGAAAACACAAUUUUAAUUCUCUCACAGACUGCAGUGGCUCUUUCUGUGUUGUGUGUGUUUACCCAGGUAGUUCUUCAGGUCACCAAGUGAACUUUGCUGCGGUCAAGCUGUCUUGUUGGUUGCUUCUGUACACUUUAUUUUUUCACAGCGUAUUGUCUGGUAUGAUGCAGAUUGUAUAUUUAUUGAAAAUAAAAUUCUAUUUAAUUGUGCCACA